GCUCCGACCGAGAGGUUCUUCGCGGCUCUUCUCUCUUCCCGGUCUUCUGGUCGCUUGACGUUCGAAUUAAAUCUACUCGUGCACCCUCGUAGAGGCCUGCCUUCCGCGUUCGUUAUCUCCCUUCGAUCAGGAGGGAAUCAAAAUCGAGGGAAUUUUCGAAGCGUCCUGCAGCCAUUGACCGCAGACGAUUCCAGGAUUUCCUGAGAAAUCCCAAGGAGGGAAGGAAGAGGAGAGAGUCCUGCCGGGCCACGUUCCUAUACGCUCUCGAAAUUCCCAUCCGGCACAGAUGGUCAAAGGGUCGCUGCCGGACAUUGCCGUGACGAUGGCCUCAGGUCGGGAGAUACACGGAGCGUUCAGCUUGAUAGUGGACGACGUGGACUCUCAGUCGAUCCUGAGCGAGAGCCCGGACUUGGACGGAGUGUCAACCGGCAGCAGCUCUCAGAACUCCACGUCCCAAACCCCUUUGGACAGUCCGGGGAGUCCCAGGGAGAGGAUCAAGCAAAUCCAGGUGGAGGCCGAGACCCGCAGAGGGGAGUUCGCGAGGCUCCUGGAGGAACACGCCCAAGUGGUCCGGAAGCUGAAGAUGAUGGAGGCCGAGGAACAGAUUACCUCCUCCACCGGGAACGUGAUCGGUCCCACGCACGCGUGAUUCUGAAGAUCCCUUAACCGCAGGAUGGGACCACGCCACGUUGCCGACAUAGCGUCGAGGCUAAGGACGAGGUUGCGGCUUCGUGCGACAAAUCCUGACGACUAAGCCUCGACCUUUAUCAUCUGAUUUGCUCCUAGGUUAUCAUUUUUUUCCUCCAGUCGGCAACGUGGCGAGCGAUUCGGCGGGCUCGCUGAUACGAAUGUGGCGAAGAUCCUGGAAUCCAGCCAAUCGGCGUUCGGCUUCUCUUGGCCUUAGUCUUGCGUUCGCCAUGGGAAGAGACGACGAUGGCUGACGAUUCGUUCGCCGGAGAAGCACUUCGUCUCACCCUCGGGUCCGAGGGUCGUCCUCGCGGGGUGAUUAGACACGCUCGAUGAUUAGACUAGCGUAAGUCUAGCUGACUAUACGAACAGAAUGACCUUCUGAUCGCGACAAUAAGCAGGAAUAUGUACUUCGCGUCACGAGUACAAAAUUCUAGGGCGCGAACGCGCCCUUAGGGCGACGUAGCUCGCCGAUCGAUCACCGAUCGAUCACCGAUUUGCGGAGACUAGCGUUAGUUGCGGCUGGCCUAAACACUGGUGAACGGUCUUUUUAGAGCGAUCCUCGAGGUACUUCUGUUUAGGGAGAUUCGAGUUAGCGACACGGUACGCUUUAAGACGUUUAGACCGUUCCAGGUUAGCGGAUUAGCGUUCCUGGAGAUGAGUCGAUGGAGCUGGCUGCAGGUUUUAGACGGGAUUGGUACUUUUGGGCCAAGUUGCGUUCACUUCGGCCUCGUGUUAUCCUGCAGCCGGGUAUAAAACGUAGAUUUCCUGUCCUGGUCACCUCUUCCGGUACCAUGGCUUCUUCUAGUGGGAACCAAAGCCAUCUCCAGGCAUCCGAAGACGCGUAUUGAGCUGAUCACCAAGCGCCUCACUGAAAUUUUGAGAAAAUUGUAUGUGACUGCUAAACAGGCGGGUUGUUUACUUACGGUUUAAGGGGAUGUGUUAGUGGUAUCCGAGGGAUCGAUCGUUCGUGGAACUUUUCUCCAAACUGAGGGUACUGAAUCGUUUCAAACUUCACCACGUAAAUGUAGAGACUCCAAGGAAAGUCCCGACACACGUGAAAUUUCAUUUUUUUAUCCAAAAUUUUAAGGUGAAGUGUUUCUCCCACCUCGGUUUACCGAAUAGUUUGAAAC